AGAAAAAACUCAUUAAGGCAAGGUUAAUAUGUUGAUUGUUCAUUAUUUUAAACAACAUAGAGAGGCCACAAAAUCGUGGCGAAUUCUUCAACACACAGACGGACAGACCAUUGUUUUUUAACAAACAACACUUUCCAAUUGCAUAAGCCAAUGGCGACCUCUUCCUUCUUAGCCUCAAAUUUCAAAUUCACACUCCCUUCGAAGAAUCCUAGGUAUCUCUUUGUGUUUCAUGGAUUCAGACACCAACACCCAAAUGGUUGUUCAUUCAACAAAUGUUCCAAAUUUCAAUCUAUGUCUACUAAGAUAGUGUCAGCUACUACAAGAACAGCUUCUGAUACGUAUGUUGGAAGAGACAAUAGCAAGAUUUACAACUUGGACUCUUGUCUUGUGAUUCCACCACCUACUUCAACCAAACCUAGAGCUAUAAUCAAAUUCAUUGGUGGUGCUUUCAUUGGUGCUAUUCCUCAACUUACUUAUGGAUAUCUAAUAGAGUUAUUGGCAAAAGAAGGUUUUGUUGUUGUGGUGGUGCCUUAUAAUGUGACAUUUGAUCAUUCUCUUGCUGCCAAACAAGUAUAUGAGAAGUUUCAUACUUGUUUGGAUACAAUCCUUACUUCUGGAUUGCCUCAAGCCAAUUUGUCACCUGCACAGCUUGGAGACCUUCCUAUUUUCUCUGUUGGCCAUAGCAAUGGUGCACUUCUUCAAGUACUCAUAGGAAGCUUAUUUUCUGAGAAAUUACCCAAGGCUAAUGCUGUAAUCGCUUACAACAACAGACCAGCGACAGAGGCGGUCCCUUACUUUGAGCAGUUGGGACCUGCAGUCAGCCAGAUGAUGCCGGUCGUGGAAGCAAAUCCUAUUUACUCAAUAGCUAGAAAUGCACCAGGAGAUGCAUGGAAGAUGGCGCUGGAUACUUUUGGAUCAAUUCUGCAGGAAAGUGAGCGGGAAGUUCUGAACUCUAUAACUAAAUUUGUUGAUCAGCUGCCUUUAGUAAUGAGUGAGGUUACGCAGGGAGUCUCAGAGUUCAAGCCAACACCAUCCGAAAAUCGCGAUUGCUUUAAAACUUCAUACAAUGUCAAACACACGUUAUUGGUGAAAUUCAAUUCCGACACAAUUGACGAAACAAAUAUUGUUGAAGAAACACUCAAGCCUCGCGUGGAAUCCUUUGGUGGGACAGUAGAAAAAGUAGAAUUGAGUGGUAACCACAUCACACCAUGCAUCCAGGAACCAAGAUGGCAAGUGGGAAAGUUGUAUACUCCAGCAGAUGCUGUUGCUCAAAGACUUAAAUCUCUUUCUUUGAGUGAUAUUAGAAUCCUUGCCACAACCAUUAGUGAUUGGUUCAAACGUUUUGAGGAUUGAAGUGCUAUAACAGAAGAUUUGCAUUGCAUAUAUAAUGCAAUAUAGUUUUGGUUAUUACAAACUUUGAAUCUGGUUAUGAUAAUUGAAGAUCAUCCACUUACAUGCUGUAUAUGUGUAUUAAUGAUUCAAGAAUCUAGAAGACAAUCUUAGUGUAAGAUAACUCCCAUUAUUAAGAAUACUUAUUGGAUUGGAUAUUGAGAGAUAUUGAUACACAAUGAUCCAACACAAAUAUAUUCAUCUAUCUUGUUCUUGGUAUA